UUGAGUGCAUUUCCAUAAAAUGUUCAAAAUUAUAAGUAUAUUUUCAAUUUUAUUGUUGAUGACAAAGCAGAAUACUGGCUUUCUUGAAGAGAAUGGACGAAUCAUUGAAUUCGAUUCAUUUGAUGAAUUUAAAAACUUCAACAACAAAAGCUACACUCAUACCUACGAUGAAUUUCGUAGUCGCACUGCAUUUGAGGAGAAUCGCGAUGCGGUACGUGAACACAACAAGCGUUUCAAGAGCGGAGAAACCUCCUACAGAUUGCGUACAAACAUGCUCUCUGAUUUAAGCAACAAAUCUUAUUUAAAGGCUUUUUUACGCCUUUUACGUAGUAAACGUUUCGAAUCAUUAGACUUGGGUUCCGAAAUUGUUGGUUCUCCUUUAAUGAAGGAUACACCUGAAGAAAUUGAUUGGCGUGAGAAAGGAUUUAAGACGCCACCUGAUAAUCAACACACUUGUGGUUCAUGUUAUGCUUUUAGUAUAGCGGAAAGCAUAGAGGGACAAGUAUUUAAGCGCACUGGGCGUUUACUUAACUUAAGUCCACAGCAAAUUGUAGAUUGCAGUAUUUCUCAUGGUAAUCAGGGUUGUACCGGUGGUUCCCUUAGAAAUACACUGAAAUAUUUACAAGAUACUGGUGGUAUAAUGCGUGGAAAAGAUUACAAAUAUGUAUCAAAGAAAGGUAAAUGCCAGUUUGUGCCCGAACUAGCUAUUGUAAAUGUAACUUCAUGGGCUAUUCUACCUUCCAAAGAUGAAAGUGCUAUAAUGGCUGCUGUAGCCCAUAUAGGUCCAGUAGCUGUUUCCAUAAAUGCUACACCCAAAACGUUUCAACUCUAUAGUGACGGUGUAUAUGAUGACGAAAAUUGUUCAUCUGAUAUGGUUAAUCACGCGAUGCUGGUGGUUGGUUAUAAGAAAGACUACUGGAUUUUAAAAAAUUGGUGGGGCGAUAUGUGGGGUGAAGAUGGCUAUAUGCGAAUAAAGAAGGGCGUAAAUCUAUGUGGCAUUGCAAAUUAUGCAGCAUAUUCUGUUGUCUAAUAAAUUCAGUGAAAUUUGCUUUUAAACAAUAUUAAAUAUUAUCAAAUCCUAAGUAUUUCAAUUGAAUAAAAACAAGGACAUUUGAUU